AUGGCGGAGAAUAAGCGCCAGAACCCUGGAGCGAAGGGGAAUCAGAAUCCCGGCAGUGCCUCCACUGCAGGCGGCACGACGGCGAAUAUGGUUCCUCUAGAGGCCGCUUUGAGCGGCGCAAUCGGUGCACGUGUUCGUAUUACAACGGCUGCCCCAAAUGCUUCCACAUUCGAAGGCAUCCUGUUCACCGCAUGCCCUAUCACCAACCUCGUCGCCAUCAACACCUUCCCCGCCUCGGCCGCUGCGGACUCGAAGCAAGCCUCCAAUGGAGACUAUCACGUCAUUCCCAUCUCUCGCAUCCAAAACUUCCAGUUGCUCGCAGCCCCCUCAAACUCCUCCGAUGGAACUUCCUUUACGGAUGCGAUACCCUCGAUCCAGGCGCUCGACAUUCGUGCCCUGAAGACCCGCGAGGCCAAGGCGAUCGGCGAGGCGAUGGACCGUGAAGCCCGUCGUGGAAAGGGCGUCACCCGCGAAGCUCAGGAUAUUUUUGAUGCUUUUAGCCGCACCAUGCCUGCCCAUUGGAAUGGUCCCCGAAUUGUGGUGGCCGAUUCCGUCAGCAUUGCUCCGCCGUAUCGAGUCGAGGAUUGUCGGCCGCUUGUCGCAGGCAACGACGCCGCGUUGACUCGGGUACGGAAAGUGCUGGAGAUGGAGCGCAAGAAGAUCGAGUUUCGCAACGCUAGCGCAACAAUCGGUUCGACCAGCACCUUCACCCGUAAUGAGCGCAAAGGGGGUUAA